AUGAGGCCGUGUAAAGCGUGGAGAGGUUGUGCUCCCUUCCCUGCUUUCUCUCACCCCUCUCUCAAAUCCCCCUUCUCUCUUCGCUCUCCCCUCUCUUCCUCCCCUCUCUUCCUCCUCUCCCUUCUCUUCCAUUUUCCAUUGUCCCCUCCCUUCUCCCCAGACGCCUUUCGGCACCGUUGGCCUGACAGGGGGUUCUGCUGCUCAUCCAGGCUGUCCAACCACCAACACACAACGCGCCUGCUCAUUUCACUCGUGAUCCGUCUCUCCCCCCCCCCUCUCUCUCCCCCUCUCCCCUCGGUCACUUCUAUCCAGACGUCGUUCGGCACCAUCGGCCUGACGGUGGGGCUGCUGCUGCUGUCGUACGGCUUUGGCGCCUACUUCCAGUUCCUGCCGGGCUCCGAGUCCUCCGCCCUCAUGCUCACCUACGGCUUCCCCACUGCGCUCAUCGGAUUCGCUCUCAAGUAUGCGGAGCUCAAGCCGGUGCCAUGCACAUCGUAUGCCGACGCUGUUGCUCUGAGGGAGGCACAGGCCACGCCCAUCCUGCAGCAGGUGCGCAGUGACGUCACGCGGUUCCGCUAUGGAGACGAGCAGCAUCUGGAGGAGGCCCUGAAGAGAAUAUUCCGCUACAACCUGUCGGGAGGCAUUCAGCGCAGAAACGCACCCACACUUACCUCCAUCAGCGAGCAGGUGUACAACGGACGGUACUCCCUGGUGCUGAUAUUUGAGGCCCCGGCUCUCUCGAAAGCGGAUUUCACGGAGAGGCAGGCCAAGUUCACAUCCUUCUUUGGGCCGGGCGUGCAGGCCUUGAUUGAGGAGGUGGGAUCCAAGACCUUUGCCGUGCGCCUGGUGUCAACCUGA